GUCAAUAUACUUAAUAAGGAGCUUUGUUAUAAUUGUGCUGAAGCAAGGCGUGUGACGUCAUCGGUUGCUCCGGCAACAGUAAACAACAAUAUGGAGAAAGGUGCUUCAAUCAUGAUGCUCGUCGCUACCAACCAGAUGUCCACACUUUCUGAUGUUGGUGCCGUUAUCCUGGCAUUUGGGUAAAGCAGCUGGUAAUGCCCAGCAGACUUUCACCGCUACGACUGACAGCAAAUUAACCGUGGCUUCCCGCCACACCCUCUUGUACUGUCUUCUUCUCUUUGAGUGAAAGUUAUUGUAAAUAUUCUUAAUUUUUUUUUGUAUCUGUUAAGAUGCCUAUUCAUGUCUCUGACUACACUUGGCAACAAACCCAUGACAAAAUCAUUUUGUCACUUGAUCUUCAUCACACAAGUCCUAAGAAUGUGGACAUAGUGACAACCAACUCCUACCUCAAGGUGAGUUUUUUGCCAUAUAUAUUUGAAGCAUUUUUGUGCCAUAUGAUAAAUGCAGACCAGAGUACAGCUAGAAUAGCGAAGGGCCGGGUUGAAUUUGAUCUGGCUAAGGAAAACAAGGUGCACUGGAGUAAUUUCUGCCUGAAGCUUAACCGAGAAGAGAUGCAAAUCAAAAGGCAAGAAGCUAUCAAGGAUGUUGAAGAGAAACAAAAGAAAAAGGAAGAACUAAGAAAAGAGGAGCGUACUCUCCGUGAAAGAUUUGCUGUGGCCCAGCAGAUUUCAGAAGAUGAUAAGACAAGAGAAGAGCGUAACAAAUUAAUUGAAAAAGAGAAAAUAGAGUUCUUUAGUCAGUCCAUUAAAAACAACCCUCAGAAGGAUGAAGCACAAGAUACGGCAAAACCUGAUCUUCGUCAUCGAGUAAGUAGCACCUGCUCAGAAGAUGGCGCAUGUAUUGUGCAGGAGGUGGAUUAUGAUGGUGAUGGCGAGGACAGCCUUUAUUAUUCGUCAACAGAGAAUCUUCAUCUGAAGAUUGGUAAAGUGAAGAUUGAUAACACUGAGAAUGUAAAUCGAAAGCAGCGUAAAUCUAGCUCAAUUCGCAAGGCAGAAUUCAAAGACAAGGAAGGGAAAAAGAAAGACGAUAGGAAAAAAGUUCCUGUUAUGCCACCGGUACGACAAAAUUGCACUAUUAAAGUGAAGUACACACCCAGAGUCUUUCCAAGUCCAAGCCGAGAGUCGACUCAAGCAGAAGAACAACAGUGGCUCAUGUCUCAGUCAAGCAAUUCGUCCUCUGCAGAGGAUGGCAACUCUGAACGCAAUGAGGAAUACUACAAGAAUAAAGCAGUAUCUCUGUUUGGCAAUGGAGAUUACAGUGGGUGUGUCAAUGCAUGCACAGAAGCACUGAAAAUAAAUCCGACCAUGCCUUCACUGUAUAGUAAUCGAGCAGCUGGUAAUUUGGCACUUGAUAACUUGCACCACACUGUCAAUGAUUGCACAAAGGCUCUCGAGUUGCUAACUCCAAUAACUGAGGACAAUGGCAAGUCACGCCUUCUUUGUCAUAUCCGCCGAGGCACAGCAUUUGUUCGUCUUGGCCUUUUAUCUGAAGGUUUAGCAGAUUACCAGGCAGCAAAACAGAUCAGUCCAGAGAACAAAAGCCUACAAAAAGAUGUGGAAAGGAUACAAUCUAUGGUAGCAACUUGUGCAGACAUGGGAGAUUCAGAUGGUGACAGUGGCUGUGAUGAUGGAGUCAAGGCAUGAAGACUGCAGCUUGGGUUCUUAAUUUUUUAUAAUAAAUGUUAUAAAUUAUAUAUAUAAAGUGAUAAUGAAUGCUGUGAUGGCAUUUGCUGCCAAAAAUAUAACUAGUUAAUUCAAGCUAUUCUCUUUAUUUUAUAAUUUUGUAAAUUGCCAGUUGUAUAUAAAGAUCCUCUACCUCAUAGGUUUUAUAUAUCUGGAACAUAUUCCUGAAAUGUAGUGUUAUCCAUGAGGCAUCUCACUCUUAAAGAAUAUGAGUGCAGAACAUACUAUGACAGUGGAUCUGUUAGCAGCAAUACCCAAGCAAGACCUACACUUGGGUGCUUGAUCUUCCAUUGAUGAAUCCUCACUUGCCAAGUGUUAAAUGUAAUUUUGUAAAUUUUGUCGUUAUUCAAAUUUAAAUUGUUUAAUUUCUCGUUUUCCUCUUGUGCCUUUUCCUGUAUCAGGUGUACUCGAGUCAGUAGUUUCUGGGGCAGAUUUGUUUAUUGCUACAUAUUUUUACUUUUUAUAGUACUGUAUUCAGAUAUGAUAUUAUUGGAUUGCCUAGGCAUUAUGAUAUUGAAGUUGAACUAUUGACUUAGUGAUGAAUAACAUGUUCAAGUGUUAAUCUCCAAACUUUAUUUUAUGCUUCCUAUAAUAUUGUCAAUGUCUUUUAGUAAAUUUUGUUGUUACUUUCUAUCUCUGGUUUUGAUGCCUUGUUCCCUUAAGCUAUUUUAUAUUUGAGGGUGGGUGUCUGCAUGCUGGUACAGUAUAGUCUUCCCCAUAUUUUCAUUAUGUAGCAAAAGCUUUAUAUACAAGAUUUAAUGAAUGGAAAUUUUUAAUCCAAUAAUUUUUUGUAUGGAGUUGUGUAUAACUGUUUGCCAUAUUUUUUUUGGCUCGCCUAAAUUAUGUGUUUCUGUAAAUGAUAAAUGAAUUGUCUAAAGGAGAGAGAUGCUUAGGCACAGUUAUGGUAGGCCUCAUGUGAAACCCCUAAGGAAGAUCAUUUUGAAUUGACUGUCUUGUGAACACAGUAAACUGUCACCAUGAACUGCAA